GCCUGUUACAACACAGAUGGACGCCCCGUUCUUCGCAGCAGCAGUGAUCCAGUCUGCGCUCCAGUCGCCCGUGAUUGCGAUCGAGCUGGCAAUCCUCGCCACUCUGUGCUGGCUCAUUGCAGUCGCAUGGCGCAGACACGCACAGACCAUUGCGACCAUCUACCACUCGUACUCGACCUCCAUGAAUGCUGCUGCUGCGAAUGCUAAUCCAAGUGCUGCUGCUGCAGCUGGGAACAACACUGCGCUUGGUCAAUCGGACUCUGCAGAGACGGCUGCCUUGUUGCGCGAGGAUUCAUUGCCAUCACGGCCAGCCGCCAAGUCCUCGUCAAUCGUAUCGUCAAAUUCUGCUCCCGCUAACGCGCCGCCAAGAACGCCGGUUGCAACCAAGACAGGCAGCCAACAUCAUCAUCAUGCUGGUGCACAUCCAUAUCCCGGGUCGAUUGACCCCAGUGAUGCAUUCUUUAUUCUGACGCCUCACACAAAACGGAUUGAGGACAUGGUAAAGAAGGAGCGCUAAGCAGCUGCUUGUCUUGGGCCGCAAAAAAGUCGCGCGAAGCAGGCUCGUUAUCCAGUUCAAUAGAGGGAGAGCCAAGGGGAGCCAAGGAGAGGAGGCUGCCUCGACGCAAGUGCCAGAUCAAAAAGUUUCAAGCACACUCGUUCGCUUUUUGCGACCGAGCUUUCCGACCACCACCGCGUGCUGUAUCGAUGAUUGCCAAGCAAGUUAGCUGAAACACGUUCUGUCGUUCAGCGCCGAGUCUGCACCAACCGCCCCCCCAAAUCGACCCUCUGGAUGUUGCAAACUCUCGCUCCAUCCAUCUCCCAACCCUGCUUCCCUCGCCACUCGCCGCGCCAAUGUCAAAGUGCUUUCUACUACAGUAUUGAUUGAUUUUCGUGCGACAUUUUGUUUACGCUCAAUCCACCUCUAUCCACUCC